AUGCCCACUCGCAGAGUCACCCGUUCCACGGCGAGUGACAUUAGCGGCGCAGCCUUACCCGCCCCGGCUCAGAACACCUCCCCAGCAAACCCUCCAGCUGCAGCCGAAUCCACUUCUACCACUACUCGAAACCUUCGUAAGCGGAAAGCAAAGGCCAGCCCGCCACCACCACCUACAGCUUCUGCGGGUCCCUCACAGUCACCUCACAAGAAGCGCUCAAAGACGACCGCGCAGCAACCACCAGCAAAGUCUCAGCCGCAGAGACGUCAUAGAGAGAAGAAACCCGAGAUGGCUGACCAAGGAAUGAACGAGCCAAAUCAACCACCACAGCGUCAGAGUGCUUCCUCGAGGCGAAAAGGUAAUCAGAAUCAGAAGCCAACACCAGACACUUCAAAAUCGAUACCCUCGAGCCGAACAAAGAAGCCAACUCAGCCUCCACCUCCCCCUCCACCUCCACCUCCGGCUCCUGCUACGGCCCCAUCUGAUCACGACGUGGACAUGGCCGAUCGCUCUGGAGAGGAUGAGGAAGGUGAUGAUGACGACGAGAGAUAUGGAGAGGAGGACUAUGACAGGGAUGAGGACGACGACGAUGAGGACGAGGACGAUGUGUUCGAUGGCAGCUACUUGGGCGGAGGUGGUGCCAAUCUCUCCAGUACACUACGUGCGCUUUCGGGACUCGUAUCUGGAAUCUCCUCACGCCUCCGGGACAUUCUUGAGAAUUUGCGACAGAAGGAUGACCCCUCGGCACAAUUGAUUGCUCUGCAGAGCCUGGCAGAGCUGUUGCUAGUAUCCACCGAGGACAACCUGUCCGGACAUUUCUCUCCCGACCAGUUUGUGAAGGAGUUAGUUAGUUUGAUGCAAGAUCAGGGUCCCUAUGGCGAGAAUCCGGAAAUGAUGCUCCUCGCAUGUCGUUGUAUCGCAAACUUGAUGGAGGCGUUGCCCGCCGCAACGGCGAACGUGGUGUAUGGAGGUGCUGUACCGGUCCUGUGUGCUAAGUUGAUGGAGAUCCAGUACAUUGAUCUUGCAGAGCAAGCCCUGAGCACUUUGGAGAAGAUCUCGGUGGAGUAUCCGACUUCGAUCGUCCGUGAAGGUGGUCUCACUGCGUGUCUGACAUACCUGGACUUCUUUGCUACGAACGUUCAGCGGACUGCCGUGACGACUGCUGCCAACUGCUGCCGCAGCAUCCCCGAAGAUUGUUUUACGACAGUCCGGGAUGUAAUGGAAACAUUGCGUAAUGUCUUGAGGAGCAGCGACCAGAAAGUUGUCGAGCAGGGCUGCCAGUGUGUUGCACGUAUCGCCGAGAGCUUCCGUCAUCAACCCGACAAACUCGAACAGUUGAUGUCAAAGGAUCUGCUGAAAGCUAUUUUGCAGCUUCUUUUGCCCGGCACUACCAACAUUGUCGGUACACACAUUCACACGCAGUUUUUGCGAGUGUUGUCCAUCACUGCAAAAGCCAGCCCUACACUUGCCGUGGAGCUUCUCAAGAUGAACAUUGUGGACACUCUGUACCAGAUCUUGACGGGCAUAUCUCCCCCGGAGGGCGACAACCCGCAUCUCAAGACCGACUCUGUCAUGACUAUGCAGGCGCUGAUUCACAAGCCUCGCGAACAAAUCUUUGAGACGCUGAACGUGAUUUGCGAGCUCCUCCCAGGCAUCAAGAGUAAGUUUACAUUUGUCGUAUCCACAGACCUGCGAUCUAAUCAAUUAGCUGAUUCUGCCUCACCAAAAGUUCGUCGGAGGCGUUCCUCGACUUCCAAGACCGAGGAAAAAGAGACACCAGAUGAUUUGCGCCGACGCCUGCUUAAGGAGAACAAACCUGCACUGAAACGGUUUGCAGGGAUCCUGCUUCCCACUUUGACAGAUGCAUACACCAGCACUGUGAAUCUUAAUGUUCGACAGAAGGUUCUGACCGCCCAGUUGAAGAUGAUUUCGAACAUGGACACAGAUAUCCUGAAGGAAGCACUUUCCGGUAUUCAGUUUGCGUCUCAUCUUGCCACUAUCCUCCAUCAGCAAGACCAUCCGACCCUGGUUCUUAGUGCGAUGGAUGCGGCCGAGCUGCUGUUGCGUCGUGUACCUGAUGUAUACCGCUACCACUUCUAUAGGGAGGGCGUAAUCUCCGAGAUAGAGAAGCUGGCAUCGAAGUUGCCCGAAUCCGUACACCUCAACCUUGAGGAAGACCCGUCCGACGAAUCGGUGGAUGAGGAUCACAUGGGCUCUUCUCCUGUUAGUUCCAGGUCAUCGUCGUCUUCAAGACAUGAGCCAUCACAUGUCUCGGAAUUGAUCAUCGCGAUGGAUAGCGCGCUCACUCUUCAGGCCAAGAAGUUUAUGGAAGUUCAUGACAAGGAAGAAGCAACUACUAUGAAGACCAGGGCCAAGGAGAUUAUGAAGUCGUUGAGCACCCUCUCCGAGGGCUUGAAGACGGAGAAGCAGCCUGCCAAGUUAUUCGAGCAGCUGGCUGGCUUCUUUAGCUCAGAUGCACUCAAAUCCAUCUCCAGCUUUGAAUUGAUGAACUCCGGCAUAGUCGAGUCCUUGCUUUCCGUUUUGGAGAACACUCCCGGUAUGGACGAUGCCGGAACUCGCCGUUCGUUCUUGGAGAUUUUCAUGCAAAAGGAGAGAGAUGAUUCACCAUUCGGCGUACUCGUCAAGAAGUUGCAGGACUUGCUUAGCCGGUCCGAACACUUCGAGGUUGUCACCGUUCACCAGAACUACGAAGGCAAUCGGAGCAGUGCCUCAAUGCUCGCCAAGCAGCUCCGUCUCAAGCUUGUAGCAGAAGAAGGAUCUGACAUUCCCAAAUCUUACCGGAACAUCAUGGUGUCCAUUCACGCUAUCGCAACCUUUAAGGCUCUGGACGAUUACUUGAAGCCCCGCAUUUAUAUUUCGGAGAGGCCUCGUGCUCGUCGUGAUCGGUCUGGCGGACUGUCGGGUGCAUUGGCGGCGUUUGCUGCUGCUGCUGGUUUGCCACAUCCCGGAACGUCGGGAUUGCUUGCACCAGCUCCUCCCGCCGAGGGCGCAUCUUCAUCGUCCGCGCCUACGCCGGCUGCUAAACCCGCGAAGCGCCGUAGCACCGGAAGGACCUCUUCAGGUGCCGUCCCAGGGUCAUCUGCUUCAGCGCCGCCGAAACCACCCGCCACACGCUCCCAGGAACGGUUGGAGUGUAUGGAUGAGCGCCCUGUGCCAGAUGACGACGACGACGAUGAUGAGAUGGGUGACAUGGAUGCUGUACUUGACGAUCUCGACCGGGAAAUGGACGAUGAGCCUGAACCAGAAACUGGCGCCGUCAAUGUUGAAGUUGCCGGUGGAAAGGUGACUGCUCGCAAAGAGGAUGGAACCCGUGUGGCAACGCCUUCUGGCGCUAGUGCUACUACUCCUUUGUCUGGGCCUUCCACAGCUUCCCCGAAGGCGACCAAGACCACUUAUGCAUCGGUAAAUGACUGGCAUAUCGAAUUCACUAUCAAUGGACAUACUAUCUCCAACGAUAUGACCAUCUACAAGGCGGUGCAGUUGGAUCGGAAUGCCGGUUCAGAGGAGCCGUCGUACAGAAACAUCUGGUCAGCAGUUCACCCCAUCACGUUUCGUAGAGUGCCUGGAGCCGCUCCACCUGAUGGACCGUUGUCGCCUGUCCCCGACAACUCUCAGACGCAGUCCACAGCUAUUCCGGCUUCUUUGGACAAGAACAAGAUUACUUCGUCGAUCAUGCAGUUGCUCAGCAUUCUGCAUGCGCUCAACGCAAACAUCGAUGACGUCUUCCAGGACACUGAGGUCGACAAGCCCCAACUGCAGCCGCUCAGCCAGUUCGUCAACACUAAAUUGACUGCCAAACUCAACCGCCAGCUCGAGGAGCCCUUGAUCGUUGCAAGCGCUUGUCUUCCCACAUGGUCCGAAGACUUGUCCCGCUUCUACCCUUUCCUCUUCCCCUUCGAGACCCGGCACUUGUACCUACAGUCAACGUCAUUUGGAUACUCCCGUUCCAUGACGAGAUGGCAGAACUCGCAGCAAACCGGAGAUUCCCGCCAAGAUCGUCACCGUGAUGACAACCGACCAUUCCUCGGAAGGCUGCAGCGGCAGAAGGUCCGAAUAUCGAGAGAACGCAUUCUCGAGUCUGCAAUCAAGGUCAUGGAGAUCUACGGCGCAUCCCCGAGUGUUUUGGAGGUUGAGUACUUCGAAGAAGUGGGAACCGGACUUGGACCGACACUUGAGUUCUACUCUAGCGUCUCUAGGGCAUUCGUUAGCAAGAAACUCAAGCUGUGGCGUGAGAACGAUUCUCAGAACGACAGUGAGUAUGCGUUUGGACACCAGGGCCUGUUUCCGGCGCCGAUGGACGAGAAGAUGGCCAAUUCAGACAAUGGAAAGAAGGUGCUGCAUCUGUUUAAGAUUAUGGGCAAGUUUGUGGCGCGUUCCAUGUUGGACUCUCGCAUCAUCGACAUCUUUUUCAACCCUACCUUCUUCCGCACUGGAGCCAACUGUGAUUCGGCCGUUCCGCCAUCUCUGGGAGCUGUCAAGACCGUCGACAAAGAUCUCGCUUCGUCCUUGAAACUCCUCCGAAAGUUUGCCAUGGCCAAAAAGGCGGUCGAUGAGAAUCCUGUCCUCACUACUCGAGGCAAGCAGGAACGCCUUAAGGAGAUUACCGUUGAUGGUACUCAGGUUGAGGAUCUGGAGAUCUACUUCACGUUGCCUGGAUACGAUGAGAUUGAACUCGUACCGAACGGUGGGGAUGUUAAAGUGAUCGGCAUGACUCUCGGAAGUGGAGUCCAGAAACAGGUCGAAGCGUUCCGUGCUGGAUUCUCCCAGGUCUUCCCGUACAACGCGUUGAGGUCGUUUACUCCCGACGAGUUAGUCAUGUUAUUCGGCCAGGUGGAUGAGGACUGGUCUCUUGAGACUUUGAUGGACUCGAUGAAGGCAGAUCACGGCUUUAACAUGGACAGCAAGACAGUUCGCAACUUGCUGCAGGUCAUGAGCGAGUACAACCCGUCCGAGCGCCGCGAGUUCCUCCAGUUUGUCACUGGUAGCCCGAAGCUUCCUAUUGGUGGUUUCAAGAGCUUGACGCCUCUACUGACAGUGGUAUGCAAGGCCAGCGAGCCUCCAUACACCUCGGACGACUACCUCCCCAGUGUUAUGACGUGUGUGAACUAUCUCAAGCUUCCUGACUACACCACGCUCGACAUCCUGAGGGACCGUAUGAGGGUGGCGGUCAAGGAAGGACAGGGCGCGUUCCAUCUGUCAUAA